CUCAUCGCCUUGUCGUCUAAAAAUCCCCAUUCCGCUUCUCCCUUUUGGUCUCUCUCCCUUCUAACCCUUAAUUUUCCCAAUUUACCCGCGAAAAUAAGCUUUUCUUUGGGAUUAAUCCUUUAAAUUUUUCAAAAAUUUCAAAUUCCCCUGAAUCUCCCUCUCAUUCCCAUAGGUUUCUCUCUCCCCAUCUCUCGAUCUGGGUCUCUCUCCCGCUCCCUCGCUCUCGCGUUCUUGCGUUCUCAGGCGGUGAUGGAUCUGGCGGCGAGUGAAGGGCCGCUGAAUCACGAAUCUAAUGAUAUAACUUCCAUGGUUGUGGAGAAUGAAGACGUGGUAGAGCCGGUGGUUCUGCCGCCGCCGGCGAAGAAGCUCCGGUUCAAAGAGGAGGUGAACAGAGUGGCGGAGAUUGUGCUUGUGUUGUCGGCGAUGGGGACGAUGCGAGGAGGGAAAAGCCCAACGACGGUGGAGCUCGAGUUAAUGUUGGAAGCUAGGUCGAAACUGGCGGAGAUGUGCCAGGAGUUUAGUCCGAAGGAUAUUGUUGGUAGGGAUGCUAUUGGAGUUGUGAUUGAGGAUUUGGGUCUUAACGGUAAGCUUAAGGACCAGAGGUUAGGGUUCCGGGCUCCCAGAUUGACAAUUUCCGAGAAGGUCUCGCUUGGGAAGAGGAAGAUGGAAGAAGCAAAAAAGUACACGGCAAUGUCCGCGGGCACAGGGUAUACAUCUCAUAUGUCCCAGCAAACUGGUGGUGCGGCAUCAUCUCUCGGUCUUUCGAAUUUGGAUUCAGGAACACAUACAGUACGAGUUAUCGACAGAUCAAACCCUCAGCCACCAUCUUCAGGAGUCACCACAGGUCAGUGGCCUAGUAACGAAUUCAAGAUGUCCACUUCUUCCGCUCCUACGGUUGGAAGUCAUUACAUAAGGGAUACAUCAGGAUUAGCGCAGCCCAGAGGAGAGAGGUCACAGAUAAAGUCGGAGAUGCUUAGUGGUGCUUCUCAGGGACCAGCAACUUCUGCAAAUUAUUGGAAUGCAUCGACCUGGUCUGCUCAACCUCAGCCUGUCUUUACUGUCACUCCAGGAGCUGAUAACAAGGUUCCUAUUCAAAGUUCUGUCAGGGUACCAGACCAGAGCUUUAGGCUAUUUAUGUCUCAAACUCCGCCAGGUACUUUCACAGGCACAAAUCAGCCGAUGCAGGGGAUGAAUUAUGGUCAGACUUCACCAUUUGGGAACAGCCAUGUGGAAAUUGCUAAGAUUAUCCAUAAAGUUUUGCAUCCACGGGUUCAGAAAACCCCCUCUUGGAAUCCUCCUUCAAGGGAAUAUAUGAACAAAGCAAUGACAUGCCAAAACUGUCAAGCUACCAUCAGUGAAGUAGAGACUGUGCUAAUAUGUGAUGCUUGUGAGAAAGGAUAUCACUUGAAAUGUCUACCAGCUAACAAUCUGAAAGGGGUGCCUAAAUCUGAAUGGCAUUGCUCAAGAUGUGUGCAAUUAUACAGUGGCAAGUCUUUUCCUAUCAAGUAUGGCCGUGUCAUGAGAAGUGCGAAUAUGCAAAAGAUGCCUUCUACUACAGCUGGGCUUGAAUUGCCGGCAGAGAAGAAAGUUGGAACAAUGGAUCCAAAGGUUAAUCAACCGAAAUCAAUGGUGACUAUGGGCCCCGGUAUACAAAAUUCUUCUGGUUUUGCUUCUGAGAAAAGCAAUCCUUCGGCAUCUUUGUCUCAUUUUGAAACUGCUGGUACCAAUGCAAAUACAGAUGCAAGAGCUGUAGUGACUGCUAGCCUUAAGGAAAAUUCUACUAGUGGCAGUUCUGCAGCUCCAGUUUCAUGUCCCGAAACUGCAAAUUCAACAGCAACAGCAUCUGCAGCUCCGAGUUCUUUGAUGAACAACAAUGGGCUUGUAUCUACUGGUUGUGUACCAGCAGACAGUACGGGAAAUAGUUCAACAGUACCAGUUGCUAACACAACUCUAAGUGCAACCUCAAACACAGUUGUGAGUUCAGUUACGAGUGUUGGCCACAGAACACAGGCUCCUACAGGUGGGGUUACUCGGGGAAAAAGCUCACAAUCCUCUGGGACUGGUAAUGCCAGCGUUGGUACAUUGGGUGAAGCGGUUAUUGGUACUUCUGCUGAGACUGCAAAUGCAACUGAAGAUGCAGCUUUGAGCGGGACAGUGAAUGCUAGUACUGCGGGAAACGGUGAAGGGUGUAAAAAUUCUUCCGAACCAAAACUUAAUGUAGAGACUGUGAAUGCUGGAACAACAAACGAAAACAAUCAAGAAUCAAGCAACCCUGUUUUUGAGAGUGAAGUUCCUGCAACUUUCCGGGAUCAACCCACGAAAACUCUGGAUACCCGUCCUGAUCCCUCUGUUACCAAAUCAAUUGUGGUAUUUGAAGAAAACUCGAAACCCAAUGCAGAACCAUCCAUACCACAGGACGAUUCAACUAGUCAGACAGAGAAAUCGGUGUCUGAACCUCCUGCUGUGUCAUCUGACUGCAUCAGCAAUCUUGAUCAUUUCCAAGACGCUCUGCAGAAUAACGUGGAAAAUCCGCUGGAAGACGAGAGACUUCAUAAACCUGAUGAGUAUAAAUCGGCUACUAUCAAUGAAGAAGCGUAUAGACGUCUGUGAUUCAGGUGAAAUCAAAGGGAAACUUCGCACAAGAGGGGCCUUGACCUGCCAAAGCAUUGCAAGAAAGUUAUUGAAGAGGAUGGUUUGAUCCAAUCUUUUAUUUCAAUAAACUUUAUGAAGUUGCUGUAUUGAAUUUUUUUUAGUGUAGUGAUCGUUUGUUUUUAGUGUAGCAUUGGAUUUAAAAGACUUGUGAUUAGUUAUACUACUUUGAAAUAUAUCUCAAUCCGACAUCGUGUGAUUUCUGCGCUUCA